AAAAGACUGCGUAGUGCUAAUCAUUGUUGUUAUUGUCGCUGGAAUUUGCUACAAUCCUAAAUUGUCAACUUUAAAUACGUUGUUGUAAACGACAUUUUGCGAUCAAAAAACAAAACAAAAACCAGAAGAAAAUGAAUUAUAAAUUAUCAACAACAACAACAUCAAACAAUGAUUCGGAUCAAAUACAAAAUGAUAUUGUUAAUUAUGAUGGUGAAUUAUUAUUAAAUAAUAAUAAUAAUAAUCGUUAUAAAUCUGUUAUUGAUGCACUUGUAUGGCCAAUUGUAAUAAGACCAUUAUUGUAUAAAAUACAAAAAUAUAAUCAAAAUGCAGCAAUUAUAUUAUUACAUUCAUUAGCUAAAGCUGAACAUUGUCAACCAGGUUUUUUACAACAAUUUUGUCAAAUGAUAUUAUCAAUGAAUAAUAUUGAUUCAAUUAAUAUGAUUGAAUCAUUGUUACGAUUACAGGCAAAUAUUCCUGAAGCAGAUGAACAACGAUGUCGACGAACAGAACAACCAUUUCAAAAUCUAAAUCAUUGUACAAUACAAUUGAAAAGAAUCGUGGCACAAAUACCUAAUGUUAUCUAUAAUCGACAAUUAUUUUUAGAUACAAUUCGUAAAAUUGCUGCUGCAAUUAAAGAAUUACUUGAUUGUAUUUAUCAAAUUAAUUCAAAUGGUUUUAUUGUUAAUAUAAAAGAUCGUCGUUCAUUGGAUAAUUGUCGUCGUGAAUUUAUACGUGAUUCAAAACAAUUUAGUCAAUCAUUAAAAGAUUAUAUUAAAAAUGGCGAUGAAAAACCUGUAUUACAAUGUGCAGCACAAUUAAUUUAUGCAACAAAUUCAAUACAAAAAACAAUAAAAAUUUGUUGUGAUUUUUAUGGAAAAAAUUGAUCAAAGACCCUGAUUGAUUGAUUGAUUGAUUGAUGGAUGGAUGGAUGGAUGGCAAUGAAUCGCGAUUGAUUGACAGACUAACCUAGCUAACUACUACGAUAUGUUCCGAUACCAAUACAAAACAAAACAUCCCUGUGAAGAAAAAAAUGUGCAAUAUGAAGAACAAAAUCUGAUGUCCAAAUAAUGAAUGAAUAAAAAUAUCAGUUUAUUUUUGACCAAAAAAAAAAA